UUUUUACAACCGUCCAGCCACGGUCACUCUGUUUGCUACCCGGUAAAAUGAGUUUUGCGCUGCAUUAAAUAGAAAAUAAACAUACAAAUUCGCAGUUGCCGGCCGUGAUAAGUGAUUAAAAACCUUUGCCAGUGCGCGUCUAGCCGAUCGAGCUUCUCAGGAAGGUGGUGGCAAGCGAAUCUGUCCCAUCAUCGAUUUUUUCUGCGCUGCUGCUGCUACUGCCACAUUAACACAGCCCAGAGAAAAGCGAAAUAAACAGAAAUGUCGCGCCAUCCGAGCGAUAGGAAGGUGUACGUGGGCGAUCUGGGCAACAAUGCUCGCAAAAACGAUCUGGAAUAUGUGUUUGGGGCGUACGGCAGUCUGCGCAGCGUUUGGAUUGCCCGCAAUCCGCCGGGCUUCGCCUUCGUGGAGUUCGAAAGUGCCCGUGAUGCGGCGGAUGCGGUGCGCGGCUUGGAUGGACGUACGGUCUGUGGACGUCGUGCCCGGGUAGAGUUGUCCACUGGGAAGUACGCAAGAUCCGGUGGAGGAGGAGGAGGCGGAGGUGGUGGUCCCGGAGGCGGAGGACAAGGAGGACGCGACCGAGGAGGUGGCGGCGGUCGUGGUGACGAUAAGUGCUAUGAGUGCGGUGGACGCGGGCACUUCGCACGCCACUGCCGCGAACGCAAGGCCAGGCAGCGACGCAGAAGCAACUCGUUCAGCAGAUCUCGCAGCACAUCCCGUCGCCGGCGCACUCGCUCCAAGUCCGGCACCCGUUCCCGCAGUCGGUCCGCCGUGUCAGUGAGCCGCCGUUCCGGCCGCUCAAACGGACGCGACGAGAACGGAUCGGCGUCGCGGUACAGCGACCACGAGCGCAACGGCAGCGGAGCGGUGGAAUCUCCACCGCCGCCAAAGCGGCGCUACGAGGACGAUGAUGAUGACCGGGUCAGGGGAUCGCCGGGGUCACGUUCCCGAUCUCGAUCGGCGUCGCCGGCAGUGCGCCGUGGAUCACCGCCCAGGCGUCGCGGAGACUCGUCCGCCUCACGGUCCGUGUCCAGGGACUAGCGACUGCGAACGGAUGCAGACAAAGCCCGUGCUAAGAUGAGGGCCUGAGCUGCAACCCCCCGAUGAACCCGGCAAAGUGGGGCACCACCCUGGACUGGACUCCUCCCCUCAUUCCCAAAAACCUCACGUGAAACAAGACAGAUUCCCAAAUACUUUUUCAUGCAGUAUCCAUCUACGGUUUAGUUGUCCCAGAACCAUAUUAGUUAAGGGUUUUAAUUUAUAGUGGAACUCGAGUAUGCAUAUUUAGGUAUUCUUUUGUUCCAACACAACAACAGUAAGCAAAUGCAGAACAAAUAAGAGCGCUUCGGAGAAUCAUUUGACGGAAAGAAAUAUAAGAUAUAAGAAUGGAUCGGCAGCCGCAGAUUAUCGAUCUAGUCAAGUUUGCUAUGUAAAUUCAUUUGCCUUUGGAUUUUUAUUGCUAGCCCUGGAAAUAUACUCGAAUGCGCAGGAGACGAAGCAUGGCCACCAUUUUCAUGUCAAUUUUAAACAUUUUUUCAACUUAUACUACUUAGCACACAUGAUUAUUCGCCUCCAAACUCUGUAUGAUGCGUUUCAAUAUUCGUAAUAAUUAAGUCUUGCAGUUGUGCAGAAUAAUUAUUCAUAAAUUGAUGUCGUAGUUAAGUAUUAAACAAAUACAUAUGUAUGGAUUCUU